GAAGGUUCUAGACUAACUCAGCUGAGGCAGGUAUAAGGGCAGGAGCGCACUAUCUCAUACUGCUCUCAGGGGCCCCCAGCCUCUUGACUCAUCUUCUCCCAGAGGGCCACAGUCUCCAUCCUGACCCCACCUUCUUCCCAAAGACCUUUCCUUUUACUCACCUCCCUAAGUCCCACAACCUCUAAGUCCUUACCUACUCUGGCCGAAAGCCUUCUGUCCCUCCAUCUGUCCCCAGUCCCUGCAGCUUCCUGGCCUGGGUUACUUGCUUCCCUCCAGCCAACCUCUCAGCCACCCUGGCCUUGAUGUCCAAUUCUGGGCAGUCACAUAGGCGCUGAUACCGUAACCUGAACUACAGGUAGUAACUGCUGGUGAAGCCAUGUCAGAGCCAGCCGACAGUCCCUCACCAGGGCUUUCACCUUCACAACUGAGCACGGUCACGCUCGAGGACCUGGAGCUUCUCUUAACAGAAGGCCUAGCCAGCCCUGAGCCCUUGAGUGUGGAAACCUCAGAGAGGUAUGAGUGUGGUGGCCUGGCGUCCAGCUCCUUGGUCCCUGAACAUGACACCCCUAAGCAGCGGAAACAGCUGGAACAGUGGGUAGCCGAGCUGCAGGCUGAGGUGGUUCACCUGAGGAGGCACAAGGAACGUUGUGAGCAGGCCACACUGGGCCUGCUCCGUGAGCUCCUGCAGGUUCGUGCCCGUGUGCAGCUGCAGGCCUCAGAGCUGCGACAGCUGAGGCAAGAAGUGCAGCAGGCAGCUUGGAGCCCUGAGAAGGAGGCGCUAGAGUUGUCUGGGCCCCAGAGCCAGAACCAGAUACAAGUCCUGGACAAAAGGCUGGUGGAAGUCCGAGAGGCUUUGACACAGAUCAGGAGGACACAGGUGCUACAGGACUCAGAACGAAAAUGUUCCGAGCAGGAGAUAAACCUCAGGGUGACCAAGCUGACUGACUUGCUGAGGCAAGAGGAGAAGGGCCGGGGAGCAGCCUGCAGCACCCUACAAAAGAACCAGGAGGACACCAGCCAAAAGGUGGACCAUGGGUUGGCCAAGAUGCAGGACCAGGUGACUGAAUUCGGUGAGGAGAUGAGCAUCCGCUUCCUAAAGAGGGAGGCCAAACUAUGCAGUUUUCUGCAGAAGUGUUUCCUGGCCAUGGAGCAGAGAAUGAAGUCUUCAGAGAGCGCACGACUCAUGGCAGAAAGCAGCCUUCGAGAGGAACUGGAAAGCCGCUGGAAGAAGCUACAGGAACUGAUGGAGGAGCGUCUGCGGGCACAUCGUGAGCAGGAGGAGGAGGGCCGCCUGCUGGAGCAGUGCCGGGGCCUGGACAAAGCCGUGGUCUAUCUGACCAAGUUUGUGCGACAAAACCAGGUGUCGCUGAAUCGUGUCCUGCUGGCUGAACAGAAGGCUCGGGAGGCCAAGGUGAGUUUGGAGGAGAGCCAGGCCGGGGAGCUGGCCUCGUAUGUCCACGAGAAUCUGGAGGCUGUGCAGAUGGCUGGCCAGCUAGCCCAGCAGGAAACGCAGGGUGCACUGCAGCUGCUCCAAGAGAAGAGCCAGGUCCUAGAGGGGUCGAUGGCAGGGCUGGACCAGCAGCUGAAGGACCUGAGUGACCACUAUCUAGCUCUCAACUGGAAGUUAGACCUGCAGGAGCAAACAUUAGGCCUGAAGCUGUCUCAGGUGCAGGCUGCUUGGGAAGGCAUGGAGAGGGAGUCCCUACAGAAUCAUGCCCAGUGGUUGAAAGAGGUCUCAACUCACUUGCAGGAGAUGCAAGAAAAAGUGAACAGCCUGCCCCAGCAGAUAGAAAGUAUCUCCAACAAAUGUGUUCUUCUCAAGAAUGAUGUGGACCUGAAGAUCUCUGCUGAGGGCAAGACCAGAGAGUUUGAGGUUGAGGCUGUGCGACAGGAGCUAGCCACCCUGCUGAUGUCUGUGCAGUUUCUGAAGGAGGAGAACCCUGGACGGAAGAUUGCGGAGAUCCAGGGCCAACUGGCCACGUUUCAGAAGCAAAUGAUAAAGUUAGAGAACAGCCUCCAGGCCAACAAGACCAUCCAGAACCUGAAGUUUAAUAACGAGACCAAGCUGCGCACAGAGGAAAUUGCAACUCUGCGUGAGAGCAUGCUGAGCCUGUGGAGCGAGGAGGGCCCCUGGCCGCUGACACUGGGCAGCAAGCGGGUAUUCAUGUCCCUGGUGAGGCAGCGGUUCUUCAUCAAGGACCUAGCCCUGGGCGAGCUGGUCCCUGUGAACUCCUGGGGCGUGUAUCAGGCUGUGAGGUGGCUUCAGUGGAAGACAGUCCUCUUGAACUUGGUGGUCCAUCAAAGGCCAGGAGCAAUCUCGGAGAUGACCCACUGGAAGCCUGCAGUCCAGAUCACGUCUCUGACCCUGUCCCAGAAAUAAACACGCCAGUUCUUUAACA